UCUCCUGGUUCCGGACGGACUCUCGGCACUCUCCUCCACUCCCUCCGCGUGCUGUCCUCGCCGUGCACGCGCGUGGUACCCACGGUCGUGAGGAGGAGGAGGAUGUUGCGCGUGAAGGGGAAAUGGCUGCCGAAAACAAGCCGGAAGGACUGAAGAAAGUUCGUAAUCCGGAUCGAAUGUACAGAUCAACCGUGUGUUAUGCUGGCCACGGUCCACCUAAGAGUAUCAGUGAUGACGCAGAGACCAACAAUGAACAUGGACAUUUGAAAAUAUACCUGCCCAAGAAGCUGCUUGAAUGUCUACCAAAAUGCACCUCCCUGCCAAAAGAGAGACAUCGGUGGAACACCAAUGAGGAGAUUGCGGCUUAUUUGAUAACGUUUGAAAAGCAUGAAGAAUGGCUAACAACAUCCCCUAAAACAAGGCCGCAGAAUGGGUCGAUGAUAUUGUACAAUCGCAAAAAAGUGAAGUACAGAAAGGAUGGCUACUGUUGGAAGAAGAGGAAAGAUGGGAAGACCACACGGGAGGAUCACAUGAAGCUGAAAGUGCAAGGAGUUGAGUGUCUGUACGGCUGCUACGUUCACUCGUCCAUCAUCCCCACCUUUCACCGUAGGUGCUACUGGCUGCUCCAGAACCCUGACAUUGUGCUCGUCCAUUAUUUGAAUGUGCCAGCCAUUGAGGAUUGUGGGAAACCAUGCGGUCCAAUCCUGUGUUCCAUCAAUACAGACAAGAAGGAGUGGGCCAAGUGGACCAAGGAGGAGCUGAUCGGCCAGCUCAAACCCAUGUUUCAUGGUAUCAAGUGGACUUGCAGCAAUGGGAACAGCAGCUCUGGCUUCUCAGUGGAGCAGCUAGUGCAACAAAUACUGGACAGCCACCAAACUAAGCCACCUCCCCGGACUCACAACUGCCUCUGCACGGGCACUCUGGGUGCAGGUAGCAGUGUGCACCACAAAUGCAACAGCGCCAAACACCGCAUCAUCUCCCCCAAAGUGGACGCCCGCACAGGAGCUUAUAGCAAUGCUCACUCUGAAGUACAAAACAACGACGUGUCAGAAGGGAAGACUGAGCACUGUGGCCAUGGCGGAGGCAAAAGCUCAGGUGGAGGAGGCGGAGGAGGCAGCACCAGGGAGAAACGUAACGGAAAAGUCCACAAGCCAAUCUUGUUGCAUCAGAACAGCACCGAGGUAUCAUCCACCAACCAGGUUGAGGUGCCCGACACCACACAGAACUCCCCUGUGUCCAUCAGCAGUGGUCUCAACAGCGACCCAGAUAUCGCCGACAGUCCUGUGGUGACCGGAAUGAGUCAUGUGGCUUCUGUAAUGUCUGGCCUCUCCCAGGGGGUCUUUAUUUCAGAUGUUUCUGGAGACCCUGUCUAUAGCAUGUCUCCAACUGGUGGCCCAAACACUCACCUCAUGGGUGCAGAUGCCACCUCCCAGGGCUUAGUCCUCUCUGAUCGACACAAAUUUGCUUUCCCCAGUGGAGGAGUAGGGGAAUCGGGCAACACAGGAGACAGUCUUUCCAUGUUGUCAACCGCAGGUGUUUCUGAAGAACUGGUGCUGUCGAGCAGUCUGGACUCUGGAACUAUCAAGAUCCCAGAAACCAAUAUGAACUUUGACCCUGACUGCUUCCUGAACAACCCCAAACAAGGCCAGACUUAUGGAGGCAGUGCGAUGAAGACAGAGACAAACUGUGCCUCAUCCUCCUGCGCGGUCAGUGGCAGUGCUAACGACACAUUGCAGACCUCCCCUUCAAUGUCAGACAAUGGCUACAGCUUCAGCUCGGCUUUAGUGAAGAACAUCAAGACAGAGGACACAUCCUUUGAGCAGCAGCUGGCCAAGGAAAGUGGCUACCAAGUGGGGGCAGUAGUGAACUGUGGGAGUGGGGUCUCUGUUCCGCAAGGUGCUGGUUCAGGCCAGGGUGGCCUCUCUUUGACCACGGCCGGAUCCUUGCUUCCUUCUGGUGGGGGUCUUAGUCCGAGCACCACUCUGGAGCAGAUGGAUUUCAGUGCAAUUGAUGCCAAGCAAGACUAUGCGUCCAGCACCUCUACAGUGAGCUAUGGUCAGGCCUUGUCUAGCCCUCACAUGCCACACCAGAACCGUUCUCCCAGUUUCUUUCUUCAGGAUGCCUCUCAAUCCAGCCAGGUUCAGCAGGGACGAGCCAGCAUGGGCCAGAAAACACACAUCGUGGAGCAUAACUCCCAUGACUACAUUGGGCUGCAGGUAGUAAAGACUGAAUCUCUCGGCAGCAACGGUCACCUUCACCACCACCAGCAGACCCAACAUAGAGCCAACUGUAAUGGAGGCUCACCAACAGAUGGCAUUGGCCAAGCUGGCUCCCUGCAGCUGCUACAGUACCAGGGGGCAUUCGCUGGUCUCGGUACUGAGCACGAGGAGGUAGUGGGUAUGGAGCAGCCAGGCGGUGGCAGUUCAGGACAGGCUGCACGCACAGAAAACAGUGCAGAGAAUGUACUUAACCAAGGCGAUCAAAUGCAGACCUGUGUGUCACGAAACGGAGAGGGAGGUGGUGCUGAGCACUAUCUGCAGCAGGCGUCCGAUGGUGGAACGGGAGGAAACGGCGGCGCGGGUGAAGGUGUCGCAGUUCACAAUGGAAGCAGUGAUGGUAGCAAUCAUACUCCUCAGCAGCAGCAGCAGCAGCUGCAGCCGCUCCUCCAAGGCAUGGUCCAGGGACUCUAUAACACCGUUGCAGCCCACCAAAGCCUGGGAGGAACAGCUAAUAAUGGAGGAGCAGGGGGGGCAGGAAUAGAGAUCAGUCUGGAUCACUUUGACAUCUCUUUUGGAAACCAGUUCUCUGACCUCAUUAAUGACUUCAUUUCAGUCGAUGGCAGUGGAACAGCCAUGUCAACUGGAGGGACCCUCUAUGCUCACCAGCUUGUCACAUCCCAUAGCUCUGAUGCUCAAAACACUGGCGGUGGGGCCGCCCCACAGGGCCAGGAGGAUGCAGUGUCCAGGGGUUCUGGUUACAACACAUCAGAGCUGUGCCUGCAGCCAUGCUGCAGUCCCCAGUCUCUCAAUGGAGGAGCGGGAGCAGGAGGAAACACGGUGGAGGCGGGUUCACUGUCAUAUAUGAAUGUAGCCGACGUGGUCUCUGCAGCUGUUGCCCACGGCACCCUGGGGAUGCUUCAGGCCACCGGGCGGCUCUUCAUCGUCACUGACUACUCUCCUGAGUGGUCCUAUCCUGAGGGUGGCGUUAAAGUGCUAAUCACGGGGCCCUGGCAAGAGGCAGGCUCAAACUACAGUUGUUUGUUCGACCAGAUUUCAGUCCCUGCAUCUCUCAUCCAACCAGGAGUGCUGCGUUGCUACUGCCCAGCUCAUGACACAGGUCUGGUGACACUACAAGUGGCUGUCAGUAACCAGAUCAUCUCCAACUCUGUGGUUUUUGAAUAUAAGGCCCGUGCUCUUCCCUCCUUGCCGUCUUCUCAGCAUGACUGGCUCUCGCUGGAUGAUAACCAGUUCAGAAUGUCCAUCCUGGAGCGCUUGGAGCAGAUGGAGAGGAGGAUGGCAGAGAUGGCCAGCCACCAGCAACAGAUCACUGCAGGGAGUGGUGGAGCUGGAGGAGGUACAGGAGGAGCGGGAACAGGAGGAGGCGGUGGAGGUGGAGACAACAACACCCAGGCCCAGUGUGCAUCUGGCCACACGCAGCCCAGCAGCUCCUUCGAGAGCCGCGUCGUGGUGGUUUGCGAGAAGAUGAUGAGCCGAGCUUGCUGGGCCAAGUCCAAACAUUUAAUCCACUCAAAGACUUUCCGAGGCAUGACGCUCCUUCACCUGGCUGCGGGCCAGGGUUACGCCACCCUCAUCCAAACACUCAUCAAGUGGCGGACUAAGCAUGCUGAUAGUAUUGAUUUGGAGUUAGAAGUGGACCCUCUUAAUGUGGAUCAUUUCUCCUGCACGCCUCUGAUGUGGGCAUGUGCUCUAGGUCACCUGGAGGCAGCUGUGGUCCUGUAUAAAUGGGAUAGACGAGCCCUGGCGAUUCCAGAUUCUCUGGGCCGCCUACCACUUUCAAUCGCCCGUUCUCGGGGCCAUACCAAACUGGCUGAAUGUCUGGAGCAACUGCAGAGGGAGGAGCAUCAGCCACCGGCUCCUCUGCCACCCACGACUCGCAUGUCUUUCUCCCCAGACACCCCUACAACUGACAGCUGGAUGCUCAGUUGGGCUAAUGAGGGUGUAGUUGCACCCGGUGGCAAGAGAGUAGGUCCUGCUACCUCAACAACCACAUCCGGCAACACCAGCCUCAAUCCAGACUUGAGGAGGCCGAGGUCAGAGCCUUCAAGCUAUUACAGCAGCGAGGGCCAAAGAGAUCUCCCACUAGCUAAAAAGCAUAAACCCAACCCAGAGCUGUUUCAGACACGACCUGACAAGGCCAUGUCCGUUCCUCUUAGCCUAGAGCAGCAACAGCUCCACAAGCUGUCCUCGAGCCCCAAAACCCAGUCCUUCGAGGGCUCAGAAAAUGGCCUGUCUAUUGGAGGUAGCACAGGGACAGCCAGAUGGAGCCCCAGAGAGAGUUUCUCCAGCAGCAGCAUGGGGAGGAAAGGACUGGGGGUCAGCGGAAGCAGCACCUUGGGGAAGGAAAAGCUUGUUACCCGGUUACGCCAACGGGAACAGCUUGGCAUGCUGGCGAUGGCGGACAGAGACAUGGCUGAUGCAGAAAUGCUCGCUUAUCGGGAAGAUCUGGAGAAUCAGGACUGUCUUGCGCAGAUGGAUGACCUACAGGCAAAUAUGAUGACUCUGGCAGAGCACAUCAUUGAGGCGACGCCGGAAAGAAUCAAGCGGGAGAACUUUACAGCAGCAGACCCUUUACCGGUAGAUACAUCUGGGGUUAACAGCACUAUGAACUGGCUGGCCAACUACCUGGGAGAUGCAGAGCAGCUACCAAGCAUCUUACACUUACGUCUGAGUCCUGAGGGGUCCCCACUGGGAGAGGGGCCCCUGGAGAGGUCCACGCUUCCAUCGCCUGCAGACUGGAGUGAGUUCCUCAAUGCCUCCAACAGCAAAGUUGAGCAAGACCUGGCCCAACUGACUCUGUCCGACCCAGAACAGAGAGAACUUUACGAAGCUGCCCGUCUAGUUCAGACAGCCUUCCACAAGUACAAGGGGCGGCCACUCCGAGAGCAACAGGAAGUAGCUGCUGCUGUUAUUCAGCGUUGUUACAAGAAAUACAAACAGCUUACAUGGAUAGCCUUGAAGUAUGCACUUUAUAAGAAGAUGACGCAGGCCGCCAUCCUUAUCCAGAGUAAAUUCCGCAGCUACCACGAGCAGAAGAAAUUCCAGCAGAGCAGGAGGGCGGCCAUGCUCAUUCAGCAAUACUACCGCAGCUACAGACUCAAACCUCACCACCGUGGGGCGGCCGCUGCCCUGGUGCAGCACAAAUUGAGAGGUUGUCUGCUCACCAAGAGGCAGGAUCAAGCUGCCAGGAAGAUCAUGAGGUUCCUGCGUCGCUGCCGCCACAGCCCCUUGAUGGACCAUAGACUGUUCAAGCGGGGUGAAAGAAUUGAAAAGGGCCAAGGAACAUGAGACCAUUCAGAAGAGCCCCCCCACAAUGUGACAUCACUCCUCCAACACCUCCUUUUUUUAUUUGUAUUUUAUUUUUUUGGAACCAAGACAUUAUACAAGAGAAAGGGAUGAAAAUAGUAUCAGUGCAGAGUCACUAUAACACACAUUUUUUCCACAAAUAUAUAUAUAUAUAUAUAUUCUUUCCACUGGAUUUCAGUUGGAGAGUGGCAACUUCUACUAUGGGAUUAUAAACUUCAACGGGGUGAGGGGAGGGGGUGCAGAACAUUUUGCUUCAUGGCAUUUUUUUGCACUUUUUUCUGGACACAAUUUUACGACUGUGAAGGAAGAGGACGCAGGGUGAGCCCAGAACUGGAGGUCCGGACGUGGAUAUCUCAGACCAUAGGGAGACAAUGCUGGAAGACUCUUAAUUGUAUUUCACAAUUUAUUUUUUUUUAAGUGAGCAAUUAAUUCAAAAGGGGAUGAAUUUGUUUUUAUCCAAAUACAUUAGUCAAGCCACUCUGCCACGUCGAUGAUACUUACAUGCAUUUAUAAUCAGGUCAACAUCUCCCUCCCCGUAUCUCGGCCCCACAAGGCUGGAGCUACAAGUGAAUGUGCAGAAGCAAAUAAGGGAUUUCAUUGUUCUGUUUUACUGGUGUUAUUUUAUUACUUGAAUUUCUUUUAUACUCACACUCUCCAAUGUGUUUGUCCCCUCAUGUAAUGUUGAUCUGUAUUUCCAGACCCCCCCCCCCACCCACCCACCCAAAAAAAAUGCAUGACUUCCGUGUUAAGAAAAGUCUCUGCUUGUGUGUUUUUGGUCUUUAAGUGGAUCCUUGGGUUCUCUUGGCACAUAUCCAUCUUCCCACGUAAGACUACCCCCUUCAUUGUAUUUGUUUUUCACUUUUGCUUAUUUUGUGUGAUAAACGUUCGGGUCAUGCAGGUUCUUAACGUUGUUUUUCAGUGAACUUCAGAGCCGGCAAGGGCUUUUGAGGGGAAGAUCACAUACAUUGCCUUGACGUCUUAGAGAUUCUUUGAGGGGUCCCUAAGCUUGUCCCAAAAUAGGGGUUUGACAAAUCCAUAUUUUUGACAAUUGAGCGAACAUUUCUGUAUAUAACGAAGGCUGAAAGUACAGUAGGGGAAGAAAAAAAAACACAUUUACCCAAUGGGGAUUGUAUUUUAGAAAUAUAUUAUUUUAUUCAUUAAAAAAAAUGGGUCAAAAAGAGGUACAAGACAAACACAAAUAUUUGUAUAGUUUUCUUUGAAUGCCUAAGAAGUACAGUUGUAUUGUUUGUAAAUAAUGUAAAUAACUGGGAUAAAAAUGAGUUAUGUGCAUGAAAAGUAUGAAGAGUGAAAAAGGCAGGAGAACAACAAAGCAGUAGUGGCUAUGCUCUGUAAAAUGAAAACAAGUUCACUAUUUUAGAGUAUUUGAUUUGGAUUGUUUCCAUAUGAGAAGUUACAAAAUACUUUAUGUAGAGUUAGGAAAUGAAUUUAAAACAAGCACCUUGUUAUGGGUUGUUUUUUUUAUUUUAUUUUAUUUUUUUAGCGACCCAUAAUCCUUUGCCAAUGGUGCCAAGGAAUGUGAAUGCUACAUCAUCGCUUAGGAACAUGUUUUGCAAAGCUGAUAAUCAUACCGGCCCUAUGAAGACCAUAACAGUUCAAUGAACCGAGAAGAAUAACAUUUAAAAAUAUGAAUAUUUAAGCAUUUUUUUUCAUUUUGGUUCUCUUUGCAAAAGGAAUGUAAUGAACUAUCUUGUGUGAUCUGAUUGUAAAUGGCAGCCUUGAUCAGGGCUCCUCGUCUACAUCGAUAAGACGUGAAUGACUUCACAUCUUUUAAAUGUGCCGUACGAUGGUGUCAGUAUUAACUCACUAAAUCCCACAAUUUUCCUAAUUCUGUAUUUCAUUCUUGAUCAAGGCUGCCACGUCUAAACCAACCUUAAUGCUGUAAAUUCUGUGUAAAAAAAAAAAAAAAGGUCAAUAUUUCAAGCUGACAAAUGUGCAUGGCUGGAUCUCUUUGUCAAGCAGCAACAUCCAAAGGUGCUAAAUUUAUUCUAUCCAAAAUUCAACAUUAAAAAUUGUCACUAAUGUGUGCAAAAACUGUAGUCGAUAAGUGUAUUUUUCAUAUUGAAAUGACACAGUCAUAUUUGUUCAACCAUAAUUUGGCUUAAUUGAAUGUGGUCAUUUUCAGAUCUGAUUCAUACACUUUAUUUGGACAGUGUUUAUGUGGAAAGUGCCUAUUCAUCAAACCUAAAAAAAAACAA